UGGAUUCCAGAGCAAGGGUCUCUGAGGAGUUAGUAGACCAUAUUAUGGUCUAGCUCCCCCUCCCCAAGGAUCCUUUUUGCACAUGUGUCGCUUGGGGGUCUCCUUGACCUCAAGAAUGAGAAAUAUGUGGUCUCUGUAGCUUUUUAUCUAAACAAGACUCAGCUCCUUCUUGCUCCUGCCGUUAUCUUCAUCUUGAAAUAUCUGUCUACAGGGGACAGAUUCCAGCUGCUCAGCCUGGGGCCCAUCUAUCUCCUGCCUCAAGGGGACUCUGGGUUGCUGAAACCAUGCCCAAGUUCAAGCAACGAAGAAGAAAGCUAAAAGCCAAAGCAAAAAGAUUUUUCAAAAGAAAAGAAGCCUCUCACUUUCAGUCUAAGCUAGUUACACCUCCCCCUCCGCCACCCUCACCAGAAAGAGUGGUUAUUCCUUCAACAGAUACACCCCUUAGCAGAAGCUGGCUAAGACCAUCCUGGAACUUCAAAUUUCCCAAUUUUAAAGAUGCAAUAAAGCUUUGGACAAAUAGAGUAUGGUCUCUAUACAACUGGUUUCAGAACUGCAUGGCCUGGAGUUUGGAAGUAUUGAAAGACACCAUCUUUCCAUCCCGUUUCUGCCACCAAGAACUUCAUAGUCUAAAACAACGGUUUCACAUUUUGGAAAGUGAAUUAUGCAAGCUCCAGGAAGAAUUGAAGGCCGUCUCAGAAAAUUCUUCCUGUCCAAGCUGUGGUCAGAUGUGUCACAUGCGUGGUAAACUUACAAAUGUGCCUGCAUGUGCUCUAACCACCCCUGGAGACUCCGAGGCUGUACUUGCCACCGCACUGCCACAGCCAGCCAGUCGUCUUCCUCCGCCCCCGCCUCCGCCCCCACCUCCGCCUCCGCCCCCGCCCCCUCCGCCUCCACCACUGACAGCACCUUUGCUGCUCAGAAAAUCUGAUCUCACUAAAGCACAGCAGGCUGAACCAUUAAAAAAAAAUGGACCCAUGCAUAUAACAGUUAAAGAUCUACUGACUGUGAAAUUAAAGAAGACACAGAGUUUUGAUGAAAGGAGGAAGCUUGUACCAUCACCAAAGGCACAGAAUCCACUAGUUACUGUCUCUGACCUGCGGUGCGUUUCCCUGAAACCGAAGUCCAAAGUGUUAUCAACUCGAGUUACAAAUGUCUUAAUUACUCCUGGUAAAAGCCAGUUAGAUCUGCGGAAACUACUCAGAAAAGUUGAUGUAGAGAGGAGCCCAGGUGGAACCCCACUUACCAAUAAAGAAAAUAUGGAAACAGGAACUGGGCUGACCCCAGUAAUGACCCAGGCCUUGAAGAGAAAGUUUCAGCUGGCUCACCCUAGAAGCCCAACUCAAACUCUGCCACUUUCUACAAGCAGCUUUGAUGAACAAAACUGAUGCCACCUCUGCCUGACUCCAUAUGAUGAUCCAUAAAAUACACAGAUAAUAUUAUCCCAAUCCUUUUUUAAUGUAGUAUGUAUAAAUAAUUAUAUUAAUAUAUAAUUCAUUCGAAGAAUUAAAAUAUGUAUGGAGCCCAUACAUACUGUAGCGUAAAGCAAGUAUUAGGAUAUUUUCUAGUUUACAUGAUCAAUCAUAGAACAGAUGGGAAAAUGCGAUCCCCAAAGUGAUGUUUAUCCUGGAAUUACCGAAUUUAGGUUGGGGAGGUUAUUCAAGUUUAACUAGAUAACUCUAAUUUUUACUCUAUAGGUGCAGUUAUGACAUUAAGAAAAUAACCUGGUGCCCAUUCAUCUUGGGUAGUCUCAGGUAAUUGAAAAGCAAAGUAUUUCAGCCUAUAAAGCUCAUGCACUCAUUAAGUGCUACAAACUUAACCAUAAAAAACAGACCCUCUAGAUUUUAUUUCUGUUCCCUAUAAGCAAUUAAGAAGUAAAACCAUCCCCCAUUCAAACCUAACUGUUCCAAAAGAAUUUGAAACAAAAACUCCAAUGUGACCUUAAAAAUUAAAAUAUCAUGGGACUUCCCUGGUGGUGCAGUGGAUGGGACUCCGCAAUACAGGGGGCCCGGGUUCUAUCCCUAGUCAGGGAACUAGAUCCUGCAUACAUGCUGCAACUAAGAGUUCGCAUACCGCAACUAAGGAGCCCACAUGCUGUAACUAAGGAGCUGGCAAGCUGUGACUAAGGAGCCCUGGAGCCACAGCUAAGGAGCCUGCCUGCUGCAACUAAGACCCGGCGUAACCAAAACAAUAAAUAAAUAAAUGGUUUUUUAAAAAAUUAGAAUAUCAUUUCUAGCAUCUUAGGUAUGUAGUUAUAUAUGGCUUCCUGAAGUCUGAGAUAUUCCUCACUUUGAUAUCUGCUAUCCACAUUCAUGAUGCUAAAUAUAAAUUUCAUGAAGACCUCAAGAGCAACCUUGUGUUUUCCACAGUGCCCCACCAAGGAUUCUCUGAAGUCCAUAGCAGGUUCACUGUGAGAUUUUAUUCCCUGUCCUCAACCACCUGUUGAUUCAAUAACAGUAAUCAUGCACACCUCACUGGAUUUUGCUUUUUCCUGACAGUACAGGGUUGACAGAUUUAGCAAAUACAAACACAUGACACCCCAUCAAAGUCUAAUUUCAGAUAAACAACACAUAACUUUUAAGUAUAAAUAUGUCCCAUUAAACAAUGAAUAAUUUUUUGAAGUUUAAAUAUGUCUCCAGUAUUGCAUGGGACAUAUUUAUACUAAAUUAUUCGUUGUUUAUCUGAAAUUCAAAUUUAACUGAACAUUCUAUAUUUUAUUUGGCAACCCUAUCAGUCAGUCUUCUACAAAGUUGCCAAUUUCUGGGAGCCCCCAGUUUGUCAGACAUGUCUACUUAGCAGGAGACACUACUCUAGCUUCAGCCAAGACCCCUAAUCACUAAUGCGAUAAAUAUCAUGGAGGAAGAGGAACUCUCAUUAGGGUAAGUGUGACUCUGAAGGCACAGGAUUAGCUUUGAUGCUGAUAACUUCCGCUGCAGUUCUAAGCAUAAAGGUAGCAGCUCCUCAUGGAGGGGAAACAAGGAGUGGCAGUUUUUCACUGAACUUUCUAGCCCGACAGGAAACAGCUACAUAAGAUGAUAUCCUUGAAAUAUCCGCUGGUUAUCUCAGGCUAGAAAGAUAUUUUAGCAAUUUCCCCAAAAUGCCUAUAUAUCCUCAGAUAAAUAUAGCUUUGAGAUGCCAAAUACAGUGUUGUGGAAAGUCACCAAACUGGAAGGCAGACGUGGGGACAGUGUCCCUUUUUUCAUGAGACCCACAUUUAUAUUUACAUUUAUGGAUGUAAAUUAAACAGAUAAUGGAAGUUAAGAAAUAUAUCUGUUUCUGGGAUUCCCUGGUGGCUCAGUGGUUAAGAAUCCGCUUGCCAAUGCAAGGGUCAUGGGUUCGAGCCCUGGUCCGGGAAGAUCCCACAUGCCACGGAGCAACUAAGCCCAUGUGCCACAACUACUGAGCCUGCGCGCCACAGCUACUGAAGCCCGCGUGCCUAGAGCCCGUGCUCCACAGCGAGAAGCCACGCAACACAAUGAAGAGUAGCCCCCGCUCGCCACAACUAGAGAAAGACUGUGCACAGCAACGAAGACCCAAUGCAGCCAAAAAUAAAUAAAUUUAUAUAUAUAUAAAAGAAAUAUAUGGGGCUUCCCUGGUGGCGCAGUGAUUGAGAACCUGCCUGCUAAUGCAGGGGACACGGGUUUGAGCCCUGGUCUGAGAGGACCCCCACAUGCCACGGAGCAACUAGGCCCGUGAGCCACAACUACUGAGCCUGUGCGUCUGGAGCCUGUGCUCCGCAACAAGAGAGGCCACGGUAGUGAGCGGCCCGCGCACCGCGAUGAAGAGUGGCCCCCGCUUGCCACAACUAGACAAAGCCCUUGCACAGAAACGACGACCCAACACAGCAAAAAUAAAUAAAUUAAUAAACUCCUACCCCCAACAUCUAAAAAAAAAGAAAUAUACCUGUUUCUAAUAAUUUUUUUAAACCUGCUACUAUGUUUAUAUUAAGUGAAAUUAAAGGGAAUAAUCACUGAGAAUAAAGCCAGUGAUUAUUUGUAAAUAUUUUCUGGGGCAUUUAUAAUGUUUAUAAUAUUAAUAAACCACUGUGUACUGUAUCAAUUUAUUUUAAAUGAUUUGAUCAUUCUUGUGAGAUAAAGUUUCAUUUUUUUAAAAAAGCUAUAGAAAUCCUAUAGAUAAACAUUUGUAAAGCUGCUAUUACCAUUGUACCAGUAUUGAAGUGUGUUCUAUCUUACAUCUCUUACUAAUUUUA